AUGCUAGAAAAUGACGAAGAUGGAGAAAGGAGGAAUGAGAAAAGGAGAAGAAGGAGACGCCAAAGGGAAAUCAGCGAAGAGAGGGAGCUAAGGAGAGCAUUGAAAGAGACUAGAUGGGAAGAGCAAAGACGAAGGUUUGAAGAGGAUAUAAGGAAAAUAGAGGCGAGGGUACGCGAAGAAGAAAGAGUACGCGAAGAAGAGAGAAUACGUGAAAAUGAAAGGACAUAUGAAGAUGAAAGGAUGCACGAAGAAGAUAGGAGACGCGAAGAAGAUAGAAGGCGUGAGGAUGAUAGGAGGAAUGACAUGGGAAGAAGGAAUAGGCGAAAUAAAGGCGGAAAUGAUAUGAACCAAGCGAUUAUGAAUGAAUUGCGAGAUAUGAGGUCUAUGAUUAACAUUUCACGAAGAGGUGGACGAGUGCAACUAGCAGAGGAAAUAGAAAAACCCGGCAAAUCCCCAUUUACACGCGAAGUAGCAGAGGAAAGAAUUCCCUCGAUAUGUUCAUUGCCAACGUUUGGAAUCAUAUUUAGUGGAUCAGAAAGUGCAGUGCAACACCUAAAUAAAUAUACCCUCUCCUUAAUGCAAUGGGCACAAAACGAGGCUAUACUAUGUAAGUAUUUCCCUACUAGCCUAACUGGAAAGGCGUUUGCAUGGUUUGAAAGGCUUCCAGAGAGAUCAAUUUCCUCAUUUUGA